AUGAGCACAAGCGAGGCGGAGGAGGCCGUGGCCUCCAAGGGGCUCACCGUCGUGGAGGACACCGCCAAGCGGCACGCGGAGCUGUUCGCCGAGUUCCCCGAGCCGGAGGUGAAGAAAGUGUCGCGCCUGGAGCGGGAGAAGAAGGAGCUGGCCAACCGCUCUCUGGUCUACGGAGAGAUCCCAUUCGAGACGGUGGACGCCAUUUUUCAGCUGAUGAGGACGCAGUUUGGCGUGUUGCUGGACAAAGGAGGGAACUUCUACGACAUUGGUUCAGGCUGUGGCAAAGUGGUGCGUGCUGGGAAUGUGCUGACUGUUGAGUGGCAGGUGAUGGCGGCGGCGUUGCUGCACGAUUUCUCCAAGUGCUGCGGUAUUGAGGUGCUGGAUGGACUGCAUGCCGUGGCACUGAAGGUGCUGGAUCGGUGGAGGUACCAGAUGCUGGACUCGUUGCCGGCGACCAAGGCCGAUCUGGAUCUGGGGUUCGCGAAGGCCGACGCUGUUAAGCGCCCGGACAUUUGGCGGGACGCUACGCUGGUGUUUUGCAACUCGACGUGUUUUAGCGACAGCCUCAUCCAAGCGAUUUCGACGGAAGCAGACCAGUUGGCCGUGGGUAGCUACUUCGUGACGGUGACGAAGCCUUUGCAGUCCACGCGAUGGCAGGCGGUGCACGAGGAGAAGUUUCACAUGAGUUGGGGCCGAGCGACGGUCAUUAUUCAGAAGAAGAUGUUCUGA